AUGGCUCUAAAGGGUGAGCAUGUACUGGAAUGGAGUGAUGAGAUGGAGUUGGCAUUCAUACAUAUCAUGCUUGAGAAGUUCAAAGUGACCCAAACGACUUCCUGGAAGAGAUCUCAUUGGGAAGAGAUGACUCAGGAAAUAGAGAAGCAAUUUCAUGAAGCGCAACUUUGCUGGACGAAGGUAAGGGACAAGUGUGCUAGAUUGAAAGGGACGUACAGGCAGUUCACUGAGCUAAGAAACCACACUGGAGUGGGAUGGGAUGCAGACACGAACACCAUCAAGGCCAGCCCCGAUGUCUGGGAUAUGUUCAGCAAGAAGAACAGGGCAUUCAAGGCAUUCCGGACCAAAGGCUGCAAGCACUACAACCUACUGAAUGAGCUUUUCAAUUCUUCAACUGCUACCGGUGCUCUUCGCAUCUCCUCCACCGAUCCACCGACAACUUCAUCCGAGGAACGACGGAUGCAUGCGGCAUUCAUAUCAGUGUCGAGGGGAAAGCAGAAACAGUCUGUGAACAUCGGGGAGGGCUCCGACGAGAGUGACGACCCCGUCAAUGUUCAAGAUCCAAUUAUAUCAGAGUCCCGACGUCGAAUCCCUAAAAGAGCAUCAUCGGAAAGGUCCAUAAUGCAGGAGUGCAUGGAAUUGUUCAGGGAUAGCUUCAACAAGAAUGGUCCCGAAACCCCAUCGGCGUCAAAACGAAGCAAGUCCGUAUCAAGCCCUGAGAAGCCGGAGAAGGAUAGCGUCAACGAAGCCAUGUUAGAGUUGAAAAAAUUGAAGGACAAGGUCCCACGUCGUUUUUAUGUGAAAGCCGCCAUGGCGCUGAUAGAUAAGGAAAUAAGGAGGGUUUUCAUUUAUAGGCGUACAGUGGCAAUACUCAAUAUGCCAAGGAAUAGCAAUUCUGCACGGUAUAACAGUUCCUCUAACGACGACGAGAUCGUUGUUAGGCAGCGGUGGUUCUUCUUAUUGAUGGAUUGCAUUGGAGCAAUUGAUGGAACCCAUGUGGCUGCAUGUAUCCCUAGAGAGAAUAGAGUAUCAUAUCUCGAUAGAAAUGCUGAGAUAACACAAAAUAUACUGGCCGCUUGUUCCCAUGACAUGAUGUUCACAUAUGUCAUGACAGGUUGGGAGGGUUCGGCACAUGAUUCAAGAAUAUUUUCCGAAGCUGCUACAUUGGAGCAAUUUCCAGCGCCACGUGGUGGUUAG